AUGAGCGCCCCAGCUUCUCAGUACAAGGUGCGUCUCGCCGGCCUCGCUUUGCCCACCCCAUUUGCAUAACAAACACCUCCACACCUCCGACAGAAAAAACAUUGAAGAUGAGCGUGGACUGACAACACUUCCAGGUCGCCGACAUCAACUUGGCGGCCUUUGGCCGUCGCGAGAUCGAGCUCGCCGAGCAGGAAAUGCCCGGUUUGAUUGCCACUCGCACCAAGUACGCCCAGGAGCAGCCAUUGAAGGGCGCCCGCAUUGCCGGUUGCUUGCACAUGAGUACGUUCUGCGCUGAAAACUUUGCUCCAGCUCGGAGUGAGGAAAUGGAGGAAAUCGGCACACGUGCUUACUCUCCCUCCGAACAGCCAUUCAGACUGCCGUCCUGAUCGAGACCCUCAGGGCCCUCGGCGCCGAGCUGACAUGGACCUCGUGCAACAUCUUCUCCACCCAGGACCACGCCGCUGCUGCCAUCGCCGCCGGUGGCACUCCAGUCUUUGCCUGGAAGGGCGAGACCGAGGAGGAGUACCAGUGGUGCUUGGAGCAGCAGCUCAACGCUUUCCCAUCCGGCAAGCCACUCAACCUCAUCCUCGACGAUGGCGGUGACCUCACUGCUCUCGUCCACACCAAGUACCCAGAGCUGCUCGAGGGCUGCUACGGUGUCUCCGAGGAGACCACCACUGGUGUCCACCACCUCUACAAGAUGCUCAAGAACAAGGGCAAGCCUCACGGCCUCCUCGCACCCGCCAUCAACGUCAACGACGCCGUCACAAAGAGCAAGUUCGACAACCUGUACGGCUGCAGAGAAUCUCUCAUCGACGGUAUCAAGCGUGCCACCGAUGUCAUGAUUGCUGGCAAGAUCGCUGUCGUCGCCGGCUUCGGUGAUGUCGGCAAGGGCUGCGCCCAGGCUCUUCACGGAAUGGGUGCUCGCGUGCUCGUCACCGAGAUCGACCCAAUCAACGCCCUCCAGGCCGCUAUCUCUGGCUAUGAGGUCGUCACCAUGGAGGAGGCUGCACCAAUCUCUCAGAUCUUUGUCACCACCACCGGUUGCCGAGACAUCAUUGUCGGCAAGCACUUCGAGGCCAUGCGUGAGGACGCCAUUGUUUGCAACAUUGGCCACUUCGACAUCGAAAUCGACGUUGCCUGGCUGAAGAAGACGGCCAAGGAGGUCGUCAGCAUCAAGCCUCAGGUUGAUCGUUUCACCAUGCCAAGCGGCAGGCACAUCAUCCUCCUCGCCGAGGGCCGUCUGGUCAACCUCGGCUGUGCUACCGGCCACAGCUCUUUCGUCAUGUCCUGCUCGUUCACCAACCAGGUCCUCGCACAGAUCAUGUUGUACAAGGCAGGUGAUAAGGAGUUCGCCAAGAAGUACAUCGAGUUCGGCCGUGCUGUCGCCGAUGACGAGGUCGACCUCCUCCAGAAGAAGAAGGAAGCUGAGCCCAAGAGCUCGGUCGAGCGUCUGCCAGUCGGCGUCUACACCAUCCCCAAGAUUCUCGACGAGCAAGUCGCCAAGCUCCACCUCGCCCACGUCAACGCGAAGCUCAGCAAGAUGACCCCAGUGCAGGCAGAGUACAUGUCUCUGCCAGUCGAGGGUCCUUUCAAGAGCGACAUGUACCGAUACUAG